AUGUCACGGGGUUCUUUUCGUUUGAUUGCGGUGUCCUGUGCGGCUGUGUCUGUUUCUGCCGCCGCAUUAAUUUUUCGUCUGGUGAAGAACCGGGGGAGGCGCGAAGAUCCAUCCUUUGAGACUGUGCCAGUUUCCCAGUGGACUGUGCAGCAGGUGGCGCAGUGGCUGCGGUCGCGUGGUGUAUCGGAGGAAGCGGUGAUGUCCUUCUGUAGGAACAAUAUAGAUUCGUCGGUGCUUUUUCUCUUGGAUGAAGGGGAGAACAUCGCCAAGCUGGCACCAAAGGUACGUGACCAGAUUCUUAUUCGGCGUGGCCUUCGAGAGCUGCGGGAUCAAGAAACCUACGAGUCAGCCGGUGCACAGACUUUGUCCGCGUCAGAAACAUGCACGAGGGAAGCUGAGGAAGAUCGUGUUGCGGCCUUUUUAAUGAAGCUAAACGCGAUAACCAGCAUGCUCACUUCAAACGAGUAUGAGACUGCAUCACCUACCAUUCAGCGAAGGCAGCGACAGGAAUGCAUGGAGUGCAGUCAGGCAUUGCUGGGCGAGGUGCAACAUUUUGCACCAGGACUUCGGGUGCAACUAAUACCUCUUGUGAGGAGGGUUGAGGGUCUCAUAAUCCCUCCCCCGACGCGUGUUACACCAGCGACAGCAGCAGAGCCCAGCGACUUGGAGGCACAGCUGAUUACAUUGCACGAAAUGGUAGACGGAUUUCUACGAGUACUGGACUCCACUGAUACACAUGUGAUCUCUGACCCUCAAAUAGCAUUGCUGCGAGAGAGAGUUGAGUCUCAGAUAAGUCAUGUUAUGGAGGUUGCAAGUCGUCUACCACCGCAAUAUGGAGAGCCGCUUAGGAAAAAGUGUGAGUUGGUUUUGCAGAGAAUUCAACAUGGUUCCACGGCAGCGGCAUCGGGAAUUGCGGUGGAGUCUGCUCAGGCGGCCCCAGAACCACAAGCGACGUUGCUGGCACCCAUGGUAAAGCGACUACGGGAGGUUUUCACAUCUCUUAAGUCAUCUGCAUUGGUGAACAUGGAACCUGCAGGGCGGUUGGCCCGCAUUGCCGAAAUGCUGAAGGAUGUGCGGAAUAUCCAACAGGCGGCGGCCUCAUCGGGGGAUGCCCGUGCGGUCGAAGUUGUCAAUCAAGUAGCUGGCAACGUCGUUAUGGUGCUGGAGCAGAUGGAGGCUCUUACUCGGGAAGAAAUGGCGUCGAUGCGUGCAAAUAUUAUUGAGGAAACCGACGAGGAUCAGAGUGCCCAGGUGGAGCUUCCGCAGAUCUUUACCUCUCUUCAAGCCAUUAUUAAAGUUCUCCACUCGGAUAAAUUGGCCCGUGCUCCCCACGAGGUAAAACAACAAAUUUUAUCUCGACUGCAGAAGGGUUUGCGGCCCUUACGUCAACAGAUUGCAGGCCUCCCGUUAAACCAAGCCACAGCGUCUGUGGCCGAAAUGAUUGAGAGGAGCAACGAGCUUGUGGACUCACUUUUGGAUCGUCAAGAAGGCCCACAUGAAGGACUGGAGGCGAAACAAGAGAACGAGGAGGAGGAAGAGGAAGGAACUGCUCCGGAGGAAGCUGAAGGCAGCAGGGAAAGACCCCUACCUUCAAGGCUAAUCCCGCCAGUUGUGGAGCGGCAAGGCAACGUACUAGACGAGGCGCUACUAGAACUGGAAAGAAUGUUUGAAUAUAUCAACUCGGAAGAAUAUGAGCGGAUGUCCCCUAAAAAGAAGAGUGAUACGGCGCGGAGAAAUUUAAUUCAUCUCAUCAACAUUGAGAACCGUUGCGCACAGUUUGAUGGGUUUGACCAGCUGAGGGAGCUUAUUGAUCCCAUGAAGGAGAUAUUGCGGACUGGGAUGAGGAAGAAGGAGGAGAGACCUACCCCAGGACCCACUCCUCUUUUUCUCAACAUUUCCGCCCACCUACAGCAGAUGAAUACACUAAUGAACUCGGAUGGCUUUCAGAGAGCAGACCUGAACAAGAAAAAAAAUGCCGCCAGGUCUAUUAUCCCGCAGUUGCAGAAAAUUACAUCCACCCUUUCAUUGCUUCCACCCCACGAGCGGGCGGCAGUUGAAAGGCUCUUGGCACCUGUCAAUGAGACACUAAAAAGCAUUGUCGCAAGAAAUGAGAACAACUCGGAGAAUUUGACUGACCCACAACUUGUGGUAGCAGAGGUAGAGGAGGUCUUGUCGACGUUGCAGUCCGAGGACUUUCGAACUGCUCCCGUACAGCAGCAGCAAAAUAUUGUUAGACAGUUGUUGCAGCGGGUGGAACGCCUGAAAGAGGAGUGCGCUCAACUGGGCAGGGCGGCAAACCCGCUUCUAACUAUUCUCCAUCGUCUCACGACACAGCUUCAGUCCUUUGGUCAGGCUGGAAGGUAUGCAAAUGCAGCGGUUGCUGCAGGGCUUGGCGAAACCGCGGAUGUUGUUUCGAAUGAAGUUGAUGAAGAUAACGAAGGAAACAGCAAUGAUAAUACUGAUAACGCCGAGGAAGUGGGGGACGAAAUGCCCGCGACCAAUGGAGGGGGAAGAAGGGGUGAAAUUGUAGAAGAGCGACGAAAACUUUUUAAAGCCGUGACGGACAUUACUUCAGAGCUACGCAAGAGCAACAAUAACAAUAUUAUUCUUUCUGCAGAGGAGGCGCAACCUCUUCUUGGACUAUUGGAGAUGGUAGACUCUGUUGGAUGCACCACGGCAUACGAAAGGAGGCUUCGGGAUGAGUUUGAGAAUCAGAUACAGCGUGCCUCAGGAAAUGGCGACGUUACGGGCGAGGCGGCAAGCAUGAACCUACAGAAACUUGUCCGCACAUUUUCACUUUUGAAGGACAGACUCUCGGCGUCGCCUCCAGUUUUACCUACAGAAAUGGUUUCCGUCAUGACAACUGUGGAGGAGGCGCUUAGCGCCGCUGAUGAACAGAAUGUGCCAUGGCGCCGCCAUCCUCAAGUGGUGAACCUGAUUGGUGAAGUUCUCACCGCCAUUCAACAACGACAGGCUGAGAUGCGAGAGCAAUUUUCUACCGGCGAGGAGGAUGCACUUAAUGAGACCGCACCGGAUCCAUGUGAAGACCCUCCUCAAUCGGAGGAGCCAGUUGGAACUGGCGCAAAUGUGAUAUCGCAACUACAGGGGGAUACAGGAGACACGCCUAGCGAUGCAUUGGAGGGGCUUCAAAACUCUCAAAAAGCUGCUCGGGAUUCAACACGUUUUCCAGAUGCCAAUCUUCAGGCAGAAGAAGAAGUCGAAGGGAAUGAAACCAGGAUUGCCCGACUACUGUUGGAGAUGUCCGAACAAUUGCGAGAUGGUUCAGUCCCAGAUGAAUUGCUUGAUCGCUACUCCAUGUUGUUGGAUUUGGUUGGGUCUUCAUACAGAGAUCCUUCUCUUCUUGAGGCGGUUGAAUCCAUACGGGAACAGAUACGUCUUCAGCGCAUUUCAAAUCGUGACACCAGCUCUGAGGAAUACGACUCCUCUGAGGAAAACAUGGAGAAUGAGAAGGUUGAAGAGGGGGAAGUGUACAAAUCAGAAGAGACGUCAUCGAAACUAAGGGAGGAUGCAGGACAAGAGAAAGUUUCUGGGGCGUCCAAAGAGUCCUCCAUUCGAGAAGAUACUUUGGCAACGCAAUCUACUGAGUUGGAGCCGACUACGGACGAUCAAGGAGGAGAAGACAUCUCUAAAGAUAACAUGUCUAAGAGUUUUUUGAGUCAGCUUUCAAGGAAUUGUGUUCCUGGCGGAGCGAGGAAUGAACUUUUGCUAUUACCGCGAAUCGAAAAACGGAUAUUUUCAGAUGAGCAGCAUUUUAUUGAAAACACGACACUUUCUGAUAUUCAAAACGUAAGUAAAGUGAUCCUUCAUAUUGAGAAAAACAAUGAUGUGAAGGACAACCCGUCAUUGAGGGAUCGUGUAAAACGCGUGAAGCAGGCCUUUGCACGACAAUUAGAGGCGUUCCAUGGCAGUGACCAGCAGGCUAUUGCCGUUCACUCAUCUUUAAAACUUUGUUGUAGGGACACCGCCACAUCGGACGAGAGUAUUCGUGAGUUUUUUAUAUGUACAUCUGCCGAAGCGGAGGAAUUUGGGGAGAUGAGCAAUAAUAGGGAGCUGGUGAGGUCCCUAACAGAGGGGACGCCGGCGCAAACUACGGUUCUUAGUGAGGUUGUCAAGCAGUGGGCUGGACGAAGCAAGGCAGUUAUCUUCUGCGAGGGUGCUGGUAGCAUGGGUGGAACUGAACUGAGUGAACUCGUGCUGCUGCGCGAGGUCCUUGUGAAUCGCUACGGGUUUGAGGUUUUUGCUGUGACAGAUUCUAAUGCAAGUAAAAUGUCCGGCAUUCUCCAAGAAAUUGCUUCCUUGGGGACAAAGCGACUGUUCCUAUUUUGUCUAACGCAGUCUGACCCGCCAUCGUCACCGCUGACCUUUUCUUUCAAUGACGGUUCGGUCCUUCCUCUUCGUGAUGCACUGCAGGAGGCAUUGGACAUUGAGCGUGUUGUGUUGGUUCACUGCCAACGCAUGAAGCUGACCAUUCUGUCUGCGUUGAAUGGGCGUGGUGGGACAUUCCUUUCAGUAGAGCUCACGGAGGCAGCAGGGAACGAGUUACGGGCGGGCCGCUGCUGGCUGUUUGAUAACUUACUUACCCCUGCCGUCACAGAGCUCCUUUCACUUGAUGAGAAACCCAUGUUGUGCCCAGAGGACCUGGCCACCUACACGGUUACGGCGUUGACGUCCCUCAGGGUGGAAUUUGGAAGCUUUACAGAGGGUGAAGCGUUACGUAUGGGCUUCUUCGUUCCAUGUGAUCUCGUUGAAUAG